CAAUAGGAAGGCAGCACGGGCUCAGCGCGGGCUCAGACGCAGUGAGUCGCCGCCGAGGCGGCUGGAGCUUACGCUAUGUCCGACUCGCGGGUCCCGAACUCCUCGUCAGGCCAGGGCUCAGGCGGCCGCCGGAGGUCCUGGGCCGAGCUGCUGGCUGGAAGGGUCAAGAGGCAGAAAUACAAUCCUGAGAGGGCACAGAAAUUAAAGGAAUCAGCUGUGCACCUCCUGAGAAGCCGCCAGGACCUGAGUGCCCUGUUGCUCGAGGUAGAAGGUGUACAGUGUAAAAAAUUGUGUCUCAGCAACUUGAUCGACUGUGGCAGUUCUGAGGCCCAUGCUAAUCAUUCUAGUUCAUUUAUAGGCUCUGCUUUGCAGGAUCAGGCCUCACGACUGGGGGUUCCUGUGGGUAUUCUCUCAGCCACGAUGGUUGCCUCUGGUGUGGGACAGAUCUGUGUGGCUCCAGUUGAUCCCAGCCACCCUGUGCUGCUGACCGUGGAGCAGAGAAAGAAGCUGUCUUCCCUGUUAGAGAUCGCUCAGUAUUUAUUGGCACACAAUAUGUUCUCCCGUCUUUCCUUUUGUCAAGAAUUGUGGAAAAUACAGAAUUCUUUGUUGCUUGAAGCAGUGUGGCAUCUUCAUGUGCAAAGCAUUGUGAGCCUGCAGGAGUUGCUGGAAAGCCAUCCCGACAUGCGUGCUGUGGGAGCGUGGCUAUUUAGGAACCUGUGCUGCCUCUGUGAACAGAUAGAAGCAUCCUGCCAGCAUGACGAUGUCGCCAGGGCCAUGCUUUCUGAUUUUGUGCAAAUGUUUGUUUUGAGGGGAUUUCAGAAAAACUCAGAUCUGAGAAGAACUGUGGAGCCUGAAAAAGUGUCCCAGGUCGCAGUUGAUGUGCUGCAGAGAAUGCUGAUUUUUGCACUUGAGGCUUUAGCUGCUGGAGUACAGGAGGAGUCCUCCACCCACAAGACCUUGAGGUGCUGGUUCAGCGUGUUCAGCGGACACACGCUUGGCAGUGUAAUUUCCACAGAUUCUCAGAAGAGGUUUUUCGGUCAAACCCUGACUCAGAUACUCACCCACAGCCCCGUGCUGAAAGCUUCUGAUGCUGUUCAGAUGCAGAGAGAGUGGAGCUUUGCGCGGACGCACCCGCUGCUUACUGCAUUGUACCGCAGGCUCUUUGUGAUGCUGAGUGCAGAGGAGUUGGUUGGUCAUUUGCAGCAAGUUCUGGAAACGCAGGAGGUUAACUGGCAGCGAGUGCUCUCAUUUGUGUCUGCACUGGUCGUCUGCGUCCCAGAAGCACAGCAGCUCCUCAAAGACUGGGUGGCGCAUUUGAUGGCCCAGGCAUUCGAGAGCUGCCAGAUGGACAACAUGGUCACUGCGUUUCUGGUCGUGCGCCAGGCAGCACUGGAGGGCCCCUCUGCGUUCCAGUCAUAUGCAGACUGGUUCAAGAAGUCUAUGCUGCUGUUCCCAAACCUGAGUGGAUGUUAGACUCUCCUGCGGGGGCCUUUGGAAAUACAGAGCCCAGGGCCCAUUUCACACUGGAGUCUGAGCUUUCAAGAUCAGCCUGGGCAACACAGUGAGACCCCUGUCUCUACAGAAAAUGAAAAAUUAGCUGGGUGUAUGGGUAAGCACCUGUAGUCCCAUCUACUUGUGGGCUGUGGCAGGAGGAUUGCUUGAGCUGAGGAGGUUGAGGCUGCAGUGAGCUGGAAUUGCAGUACUACGCUCCAGUUUGGGAGACAGAGCAGGACUCUGUCAAAAAAAUAGAAGUACUGGAUUUGUUUGCCAUCACCAUUUUGGUGAAAUAGUUCCCUCUUUGUAGGAGUCUCAGCUUCCUGAAAUUUUAAAGACCCACGUGCCUGCAUAGCUAUCACGGGUCCUGCUCCUCCGUGAGGAGGUGAGGCUGCCCAGCAGGCUGAGCGACUUAGGCUUACAUUGGGAGAAGGUGGUGAUCCUUGCAGUGUGGACUCAACGGCUGUUCCUUAAGGUUUCUUUUCAUCCACCCUCAGUCUCUCCCCAGCUGUAUGCAGUUGGCCUGCUACUUAGUUUCUUACUAAACUAAGGUGAGCGGCGUUUGUUCUGUCGUUAGUGAGGGGCUGAGGUGUUUAUACCAGAGUCCACCCUGGUGCUCUUGGGCCUGUGAGUUCAUGUAUCUCCCAGGGCCUUGGUUCAGGGCCCUGCCAGGGUUUCCUUUCUUUCAGUUCCCAAGGUGAGAGUCAGUGUGAGAGGAAUACUCAAGUGCUGUGUUGACGGUGUUGUUUGCUUUUUCUUUUACCUUUUCAAACCACCUUUAUCAAAAUUUAGUUUUAAUGAAAUAACAAAAUGCACACAAUUUAACUGUACCAUUAAAUGAGGUUUUUUGUUUUUGUGUUUUCAGAGACUCGGUCUUGCUCUGUUGCCCGGGCUGGAGUGCAGUGGCAUGACCAUAGCUCACUGCAGCCUUGACCUCCUGGGGUCAAGCAGUCCUCCUGUCUCAGCUUCCAGAGUAACUGGGACUAUAGGUGUGUGCCACCACACCUAGCUAAUUAAAAACAUUUUUAGUGCAAAUACAACAUCCCACUGUGUUGCCUAGGAUGGUUCCAGACUUCUGGCCUUAAGUGAUCCACCUGCCUCAACCCCCAGAACACUGGGAUGACAGGUGGGAGCCACCACGUCUAGGCAGUUAGAUGAGUUUUGGUAAAUGUAUGUAUGCAUAUUCAGUAUUCAAACAUCUGUUCUAAUUUUUAAUUUUGUGCAUGAAUCCCAGCACUGUGGGAGGACAACGUGGGCACAUCACUUGAGCUCAGGAGUUUGAGACCAGCCUGGGCAACAUGGUAUAAAACCCCAUCUCUACUAAAAAUACAAAAAUUAGCUGGGUGUGGUGGUGGGUGCCUAUAAUCCCAGCUACUUGGGAGGCUGAGGCAGGAGAAUUGCUUGAACCUGGGAGGCAUAGGCUGCAGUCAGCCGAGAUCAUACCAUUGUGCUCCAAUGUGGAUGACAGAGCAAGAUUCUGUCUCAAAGAAAAACUUUUUUUUUAGUUCUAGGAAGUGUUAAUAUACAUAGAACAAAUGAUUGCUAAUUUGAGCCUUCUGGGGUCAUUAAUACAGUUUUCAGCACAGUGCCUUACGUAGUUAAAUGUAAUUUGUGGGUUUGUUCACCUUUUUUUUUUUUUUAAUCGAGACUGGGUCUCUGCUCUGUCUCCCAGGCUGGGAUGUGGUGGUGUCAUCACGGCUCACUGCAGUCACAACUUCCAGACUGAAAUGAUCCUUGUAGCCAGGACUGCAGGUGUGUGUCACCGCUCCUGGCUAAUUAUUAACCACCUUUUUUGUAGAGAUAGGGUCUCACCAUGUGCCUUGUCCUCCUCGGCUCCAGUGAACUUCCUGCCUCAACCUCCCAAAGUAUUGCAAUUACUAGAGAGAGCCACUGCACCCAGAAGUUAAGUGUAAAUUUUCUUCAAAAAUAACAGGGCUGGGCGCGGUGGCUCAUGCCUGUAAUCGCAGCACUUCGGGAGGCCGAGGCUGGCGGAUCAUGAGGUCAAGAGAUUGAGACCAUCCUGGCCAACAUGGUGAAACCCUUUUCAGCCUGUAGUCCUAGCUACUUGGGAGGCUGAGGCAGAAAAAUUGCUUGAACCCGGGAGGUGGAGGUUGCAGUGAGCCAAGAUCACGCCACUGCACUCCAGCCUGGGACCUGACGACAGAGUGAGACUCUGUCUCAAAAAUAAUGAUAUAAUAACAGUCAGAACUGACUUUUUUCCUGGUAACUAAAAUGGCUGCUGUGACCCCAGGUCUGGCUUGUGUCAGCCCCUUUAUGGAAAUGCCUUCAGUGAUGGCUCAGGACUGUUUCUUGCGGCAGCCAGUAUCAUCUAGCUCACUGUAAUUGAACAUUGCUGAGAGUCAGUCGUGGUAGUCCGUUGUGGAUGGCUGAAUGGAGGAUAAGAAGUCACGGUGUGGCUGGGGGAGAAUUUAAGGUUGAAACUACAUGCUGAUGUUUUGGGGAGGGAACCCUUGAGUGGUCUCAGGUUGGAUUUAAAUCUUUUUUUUUUUUUUUUUUUCUUUUGAGACAGAGUUUCGCUCUUGUUACCCAGGCUGGAGUACAAUGGUGCAAUCUCAGCUCACCGCAAUCUCUGCCUCCUGGGUUCAAGCAAUUCUCAUGCCUCCGCCUCCCGAGUAGCUGGGACUACAGGCACGCGCCACCAUGCCCAGCUAAUUUUUAUAUUUUUUGUAGAGACGGGGUUUAAGCGUGUUGACCAGGAUGGUCUCGAUCUCUUGACCUCGUGAUCCACCUGCCUCGGCCUCCUAACAUGCUGGGAUUAUAGGCGUGAGCUACUGCGCCUGGCCUUAAAUCUUUUUUUUUUUUGAGACAGAAUCUACUUUGUCACCCAGGCUGGAGUGCAUUGGCGUGAUCUCAGCUCACCGCAACCUCUGUCUCUCAGGUUCAAGUUGGUCUCCUGCCUCAGCCUCCCGAGUAGCUGGGAUUACAGGCAUGCACCACCAAGCCCAGCUAAUUUUUGUAUUUUUAGUACAGACAGGGUUUCACCAUGUUGGUCAGGUUGGUCUCAAACUCCUUGCCUCAUGAUCUGCCUGCCUUGGCCUCCCAGAGUGCUGGGAUUACAGGUGCGAGCCACCGUGCCCAGUCCUUAUUUAAAUUUUUACCUGGCAAGUAUUGAGCUGCUUUCCUGGUAUUUGGAACAGACAGUUCACGUCUCUGAACUGUUUUUCCCUGACUCCGUCCCUCUCAGAGACAUUGAUGAGCAUUAUCAGCAUUUUUCCCUUUUUAUCUAAUAGCUUUUCGAGUUUGUAUAUAUGGUAAUGACGUUCAAAAGAAUGUACACAUGGUCAGGUGUGGUGGCUUAUGCCUGUAAUACCAGCACUUUGGGAGGCUGAGGUGGGAGGAUCACCUAGAGGUCAGGAGUUUAAGACCAGCCUGGCCAGCAUGACAAAACCUCAUCUCUACUAAAAGUAUAAAAAGUGGCCGGGCUGGACAUUGUGGCUCACGCCUGUAAUCCCAGCACUUUGGGAGUUCGAGGCAGGCGGAUCACCUGAGGUCAGGAGCUCAGGACCAGCCUGGCCAAAAUGAUGAAACCCUGUCCCCACUUAAAAUACGUAAUUAGCCAGGCAUGGUGAUGCACACCUGUAAUUUCAACUACUUGGGAAGCUGAGGCAAGAGAAUUGCUUGAACCCCGGGAGGCGGAGGUUACCAUUAGCUGAGACUUCACCAGUGCAGUCCAGCCUGGGCGAUGGAGUGAGUUUGUCUCAGAAAAAAAGAAAAAACGAAUUAGCCAGGUCUGGUGGCGUGUGCUUUGUAGUCCCAGCUAUUUGGGAGGCUGAGGUGGGAGAAUCACUCGAACUCGGGAGGCCGAGGUUGCAGUGAGCUGUCAUUGUGCCACUGCACUCCAGCCUGGGCAAAGAACAAGACUAAAAGACGAAAAAAAAAUUAGCCGGGCAUGGUGGCAAAUCCUUUUAAUCACAGCUACUAGGGAGCUGAAGGCAAUUCUACUGAGGCAGAAGAAUUGCUCCAUCCUGGCGGGGCGGACGUUGCAUUGAGCUGAGAUCACGCCACUGUGCUCCAGCCUGAGUGACACAGUGAGACUCUACCUCAAAAAAAAAGGGAUGUACAUGAGGUUGUCCACUUUUAGAAAGAUCAUAGUAAGCCUUCAGUUCAUGUUGCAGCUCAGCUUCAUGAUGAAUAGUAACUCACUGAGGUUUCACCACGAUACCCUGUGCACUCACGCAUGGCCGGGGUGGCAGAAGCUCAUGUGUUUUUGCAGGUAAGUAGUUCCGUUCUCACAUACGUACACAUUUUCUCUGCAGGUUCACUUGUGGUGUGUUCAGGGCCAUGCCCAUAUAAAGCCACCUUCCUUUCCUGACUCACUGCAGCCUUUGCCAGGACCUUGCUGCAGCCCCCUUGGUUCCUGGAAGGGUUUGCUCUUAUUCCCCGCUUGCUCUGCUCUAGGGUCUUGCAGUUUCUUUGUCUGGGGGUGGCCCUCCUUGGCCUCUAUUCUUCAGCUGCCUCUUGUGGUGAUCUGUCCACUGAUGGAUGAGGUUAGACGUUAUAGUGUGGGUCUUCACUUCUCUGUGUCCUGUUGUCCUAGACACCUACCUUGUGUGGCCCUGUGACCUGCAGGUAUUGGAGAUCCACAGCUAAGACGCCAGGAUCCCCUGGAAGCCUAGAAAUGAAAUUCUACCUCUAUUCUGAUGUAAUUAGGUUAAGAAAAUUAAAAGGCGGCCGGGCGCGGUGGCUCACACCUAUAAUCCCAGCACUUUGGGAAGCCGAGGCAGGUGGAUCACAAGGUCAAGAGAUCGAGACCAUCCUGGUCAACAUGGUGAAACCCGUCUCUACUAAAAAUACAAAAAAUUAGCUGGGCAUGGUGGCGCGUGCCUGUAAUCCCGGCUACUCAGGAGGCUGAGGCAGGAGAAUUGCCUGAACCCAGGAGGCAGAAGUUGCGGUGAGCUGAGAUCGCGCCAUUGCACUCCAGCCUGGGUAACAAGAGAGAAACUCCGUCUCAAAAAAAAAAAAAAAAGAUACCAUAGUUAGUGUUUACUGUAGGUAAUUAUUUUUAACUUUUAUUUGAAUAACUUUUAGACCGUCUCUUCAAUGAAAUCAUAGCCAUGACGUCUGUAAAUGUGUGAACCAAAAUGACCUUUGGUUGUUUCUCUUUCUUCCUUUUCU